GGGUCAAGGUGUCGGGGUGCUAAGUGCGGCGUAAUGGUGUUAGGGGUAUAGUAUGAGAGUGAUAGAGGCGGAGUACAGAGGUGACGGGAAAGUUACAGAGCUCAGCUGGGCCAAGCGGUUAGUGACGGCAGGUGGGAGUGUAGCGGGAGUGAUGGGAGAGAGGCGAGGGGAGUAGCUAGGGACAGCUGUGGUGUUUGGGUGAUGGGGUGGCACGGUCCGUUGUCAUUGGAGGUGAGGGGUGCAGAGUAACUGGCUUGGGAGCAUGGAUUAGGAUAGGGGCAGCAUGAAACCUGCUGGCCUUAGGUGUGGAAGAGAGGGGGAAGGGAGCGUGAUCGAAGAGUGGGGCUAAGAACAGGGCUUGAGAAGUGAGCGAGGCGCUGCUUGCUUAGAACAGAGUGAUGGGCUGGAGUGUAUGUGGUGUGCUAGGCAGAGACGGAGGGACCCAAGAACCUGGACGGGAGUGCACUGAGGAGGACCUGAGGAGGGGCAGGACCAAAGGACUCUUCCCCCAUUGUCUGCUGGUCCCCCUUCUUCCCCACCCAGCAGAUGAGAGGCCCGGUGGUGUGGACGAAUGUGGAACCUCGCUCUGUUGCCGUGUUCCCCUGGCACUCCUUAGUCCCCUUUCUGGCCCCCAGCCAGCCCGACCCCUCUGUGCAGCCAAGUGAGGCCCAGCAACCUGCCAGCCACCCAGUGGCCUCCACCCAGAGCAAAGAACCUGCUGAGUCCGCGGCUGUCGCUCACGAGCAGCCACCAGGUGGGACAGGGAAUGCUGAUCCCGGGCGGCCCCCUGGAGCCACCUGCCCUGAGAGCCCAGGGCCUGGACCCCCCCACACUUUGGGGGUGGUGGAACCUGGAAAGGGUCCCCCUCCCACCACUGAGGAGGAGGCCCCUGGCCCUCCAGGAGAGCCCCGACUGGACAGCGAGACGGAGAGUGACCAUGAUGAUGCAUUCCUCUCCAUCAUGUCUCCUGAGAUCCAGUUGCCCCUGCCACCCGGGAAACGCCGGACCCAGUCCCUCAGUGCCCUGCCAAAGGAACGAGACUCCUCGUCGGAGAAGGAUGGACGCAGCCCCAACAAGCGGGAGAAGGACCAUAUCCGGCGGCCCAUGAACGCCUUCAUGAUCUUCAGCAAGCGGCACCGGGCCCUGGUCCACCAGCGCCACCCCAACCAGGACAACCGGACCGUCAGCAAGAUCCUGGGCGAGUGGUGGUAUGCCCUGGGGCCCAAGGAGAAGCAGAAGUACCAUGACCUGGCUUUCCAGGUGAAAGAGGCCCACUUUAAGGCCCACCCAGACUGGAAGUGGUGCAACAAGGACCGGAAGAAGUCCAGCUCAGAGGCCAAGCCCACGAGCCUGGGGCUGGCAGGCGGGCACAAGGAGACUCGGGAGCGGAGCAUGUCAGAGACAGGGACUGCCGCUGCCCCUGGAGUGUCCUCGGAGCUCCUGUCCGUCGCAGCCCAGACCCUCUUGAGCUCGGAUACCAAGGCUCCGGGGAGCGGCUCCUGUGGGACAGAGCGUCUGCAUGCAGUGGGGGGACCUGGCUCGGCCCGGCCCCGAGCCUUCUCCCACAGUGGGGUCCACAGCCUGGAUGGUGGGGAAGUAGAUAGCCAGGCACUACAGGAACUGACUCAGAUGGUGUCUGGCCCUGCAUCCUAUUCUGGUCCAAAGCCUUCCACCCAAUAUGGGGCUCCAGGCCCCUUCUCAGCCUCCAGUGAGGGAGGUGCCCUGGCGGCUAGUGGGCGACCCCCGCUGCUGCCCACCCGGGCCUCCCGUUCCCAGCGUGCAGCCAGUGAGGACAUGACCAGUGACGAGGAACGCAUGGUCAUCUGCGAGGAGGAGGGAGACGAUGAUGUCAUUGCUGACGACGGCUUCGGCGCCACUGACAUUGACCUCAAGUGCAAGGAGCGGGUGACUGACAGCGAGAGCGGAGAUAGCUCUGGGGAGGACCCAGAGGGCAGCAAGGGCUUUGGCCGGAAGGUGUUCUCGCCUGUGAUUCGUUCCUCUUUUACCCACUGCCGCCCACCGCUGGACCCUGAGCCCCCAGGGCCCCCGGAUCCACCACCUCCAGCCUUUGGCAAAGGCUACGGGCCCACCCCAUCCUCCUCCUCCUCGUCGUCCUCACCUGCCUCCUCCUCAGCCUCUGCCGCCACCUCCUUCCCCCUGGGCUCAGGGACCUUCAAGGCCCAGGAGUCAGGUCAGGGCAGCACGGCAGGCCCACUACGGCCCCCACCUCCUGGGCCUGGGGGUCCAGUGACACCUUCCAAGGCCACCCGGUUCCUCCCAACGGAUCCUGCCGCCUUCCGGCGCAAGAGACCUGAAAGUGUGGGAGGCCUGGAGCCACCGGGCCCCUCUGUCAUUGCGGCACCUCCUGGCGGGGGAGGAAGUGUCCUGCAGACGCUGGUCCUGCCCCCAAAUAAGGAGGAACGGGAAGGCGGCGGAACCCGCAUGCCCUCGGCCCCAGCCCCAUCACUGGCCUAUGGGGCCCCAGCAGCCCCCCUGUCCCGCCCAGCUGCUACCAUGGUCACCAACGUGGUGCGGCCUGUCAGUAGCACUCCUGUGCCCAUCGCCUCUAAGCCCUUCCCCACCGCUGGCCGGGCUGAGGCAUCUCCAAAUGACGCAGCAGGUGCCAGGACUGAGCCGGUCACAGGGUCCCGGGCGCCUGGGAGCUCCCCGCUGGGCGUAAGCUUAGUGUAUUCGGACAAGAAGUCGGCAGCAGCCACCUCGCCGGCCCCGCAUCUGGUGGCUGGGCCCCUCCUGGGCACUGUGGGGAAGGCCCCUGCCACAGUCACCAACCUGCUGGUGGGCACACCUGGUUAUGGGGCCCCGGCGCCCCCUGCUGUUCAGUUCAUAGCCCAGGGGGCCCCUGGCAGUGGGGCCGCUACAGGCUCAGGAGCAGGUGCUGGGAGUGGCCCCAAUGGGCCAGUGCCCCUGGGCAUCCUGCAGCCGGGUGCCUUGGGCAAGGCUGGGGGAAUCACCCAGGUGCAGUACAUCCUGCCCACGCUGCCCCAGCAGCUUCAGGUGGCACCUGCCCCAGCACCAGCCCCUGGGACCAAGGCAGCAGCUCCUGGUGGCCCCGCACCCACCACCAGCAUCCGUUUCACCCUCCCACCGGGCACCUCCACCAACGGCAAAGUUCUGGCGGCCACCGCACCCACUCCUGGCAUCCCCAUCCUGCAAUCCGUACCCUCCGCCCCGCCCCCCAAAGCCCAAUCGGUUUCUCCUGUGCAGGCCCCACCCCCGGGCGGCUCAGCCCAGCUGCUACCUGGGAAGGUCCUGGUGCCCCUGGCGGCCCCUAGCAUGUCGGUGCGGGGCGGAGGGGCUGGCCAGCCACUGCCCCUGGUGAGCCCGCCGUUCUCGGUACCUGUGCAGAAUGGGGCCCAGCCACCCAGCAAGAUCAUCCAGCUGACUCCGGUGCCCGUGAGCACACCCAGCGGCCUGGUGCCGCCCCUCAGCCCAGCCACGCUCUCCGGACCCACCUCGCAGCCUCAGAAGGUCCUGCUACCCUCCUCCACCAGAAUCACCUACGUGCAGUCGGCGGGUGGGCACGCGUUGCCCCUGGGCACCAGCCCUACGUCCAGCCAGGCUGGAACAGUCACCUCGUAUGGGCCCACGAGCUCGGUAGCCCUAGGCUUCACCUCACUGGGGCCCAGCGGACCCGCCUUUGUGCAGCCACUGCUUUCAGGCCAAGCCCCGCUGCUGGCUCCUGGCCAGGUGGGCGUGUCACCCGUGCCCAGUCCCCAGCUGCCGCCCACCUGCACGGCCCCCGGAGGUCCCGUCAUCACGGCGUUUUACCCUGGCAGCCCUGCACCCACUUCCUCAGCACCCCUGGCCCAGCCAUCCCAGGCGCCCCCAGGCCUGGUCUACACCGUGGCCACUAGCACCACCCCACCUGCUGCCACCAUCCUGCCCAAGGGCCCACCAGCUCCUGCCACUGCCACUCCGGCCCCCACCAGCCCUUUCCCUAAUGCCACAGGCUCCAUGACCUACAGCUUAGUGGCCCCCAAGGCCCAGCGGCCCACCCCCAAGGCCCCCCAGAAAGUGAAGGCGGCCAUCGCCAGCAUUCCCGUGGGUUCGUUUGAGGCAGGUGCCCCUGGGCGGUCAGGCCCUGCAGCCCGGCAGCCCUUGGAGCCUGGCCCGGCCCGGGAGCCCCCUACCCCCGAGUCUGAGCUUGAGGGGCAGCCUACGACACCGGCUCCUCCACCGCCCCCAGAGACCUGGGCUCCCACAGCCCGGAGCAGCCCCCCGCCGCCCCCACCUGCUGAGGAGCGAACAAGCACCAAGGGCCCUGAGGCCAUGGCCAGCAAAUUCCCCAGCUCAUCUUCAGACUGGCGAGUCCCUGGGCUGGGUCUGGAGAGCCGGGGGGAGCCUCCCACUCCUCCCAGCCCAGCACCAGCUCCAGCCCCGGCCCCUGGCGGCGGUGGCGGCAGCGAGGGCAGCAGCGGGAGGGCAGCUGGGGACACCCCUGAGCGCAAGGAGGCCGCUGGUACCGGCAAGAAGGUGAAGGUGCGGCCCCCGCCCCUGAAGAAGACCUUUGACUCUGUGGACAACAGGGUCCUGUCGGAGGUGGACUUCGAAGAGCGCUUUGCCGAGCUGCCCGAGUUCCGGCCUGAGGAGGUGCUGCCCUCGCCGACCCUGCAGUCUCUGGCCACCUCGCCCCGGGCCAUCCUGGGCUCCUACCGCAAGAAGAGGAAGAACUCCACCGACCUGGACUCAGCCCCCGAGGACCCCACCUCGCCCAAGCGCAAGAUGAGGAGACGCUCCAGUUGCAGCUCCGAGCCCAACACCCCUAAGAGUGCCAAGUGCGAGGGGGAUAUCUUCACCUUUGACCGCACAGGUGCCGGCGCCGAGGCAGGCGGAGCUGUGGGGACCCGGGAGCGGGGUUACAGAUGAGAGGUGGG